AUGACGGAUAACCUCGCUUAUCAGAUAGAAGGAACAGUAAUAACCGACCAAGGCUACGAGAUUUCCUUACGCCUGAAACUACGGCAUUUUCCUGAUAAAGGAUGGCCUGACUUUCCCGAAGGAUACCAGUUUAGCUUUUGGCAGGCAGUUGACACGGGAAAAAAGAGUAUUCAACCCAAAAAUGUCAUGGUAGCCCACCAACUAGGAACUAUUUAUCGGGUGGCUAGUCCCACCCGUUUGGAUUUAUUAGCCUGUGUCGCGGAAAAGCAACCAACCAAUCUUCAAGAAUUAGCCAAAUUACUUGGUCGGGAUUAUGCUAAUGUUUGA